AUGAGUCAACCUAAUGUUUCUAAUACAAAAGAGGGAAGAUUCAGUCAUGAUUCUGAAGAUAUAGAUGCAGAUUUGGUACUCCAAGGCGAUGACGAAGACGAGAAGGAGAAGCAAAUCCAGAAUUACAUCUCGACUUCCAGGAUGCUGUUUGAAGCCGACGGAGUGAAUACGCUCACUGAUACAGAAAUCGCCAAAUUUCUAUAUGCAAAAAAUGGUCAUCGAGGAAAAGCCAUGUCUGCUCUAUCAGAAACACUAGCAUGGCGAGCCAAGUUUAAACCAGAGACAUUGCUAAAGGAAAUAUCGAGUAGUUUGAGCGAGUCUGGAAAGUUGCAGUUUUGGGGAAAAGCUCUAGAUGGGUCACAGAUCUUGAUAUGGACUGGUGCAAGACAUGUUCCACCACGUACUGAGCAGGAUAUAGAUUGUGAAAUCCAGUUUUUGGUUCGCACGAUUGAACAUGCAAGUCAUUAUCCAGAACGACUGAGUCGCAUGUAUAUAUUUCCAACAAACAUGCUUUUCAAGGUGGUAUGGAACAUGGCAAAAGGAUACUUGGAUCCAGUAACACUUUCCAAGAUUCAUGUUAAAGAAUCACCUGCAUCAUUGGCGGGAUGGGUGUCUCGAGAAAACUUAUUUGUUCGAUAUGGUGGAUUAGCAAACGAUCCAUUCGAAACUGAUACUGCACAAUUAUCAGAGGUUGCGUCAGCCAUUGCGACACAAGGAAAUAUGCCAGUGGCAGAUUCGAGUCAGCAACAAAUGGAUUCGGCAAAUUCUGGAAAUACAUCAGUAGAUGCCGUUUCUGAAUGUAUAGCAGACCAAAAAAGUUUACAAUCUUCAUAUAUUACAGCAUCUUCAUCUGAAUCACAAAACGCGAUUCAAUCUAUUCCCAAAAAGUUGGUUGCCAAUAUAGCCAAACCAAUGGUUGAUAUUGAAAAUGUAUGGGAAGCACCCAGUGAGUUUCAACAUAUUUAA